AUGUCUUCUCUCAGUAUCCCCCAACUGCCGUAUUUCGUCUCUGAGAAGCAGCUGCCUGCUCCUCUCCCCGACCCCGAAUCCCUUCGGGAAGAUCAACAUCCACUCGAUAUUCUUAGAGGCGUUCGCAUCGGUAAUCAUUACGUAGCCAGGUAUGGGCUCGACCCAGUCGCCGGCCCCCUCGAGGCCAUAAAUAUGCUCAUUGUUAGCAAAUAUACAAAGGUCCCCAUCCCGACUUUGUAUGCAGCCUAUUGGCACGAGCACCACGGCAUCUGGAGCUUUGUUAUGGUAACGGAAUACGUUCCUGGACACACCAUCAGGGAGCACGCCGGCAACGACGUAGACCUCCUGAAGAUGCUAGUCCCUUCCAUCACCGAGCAGCUUCGCCACGCCCUCUCGCAGCUGCGGGAGAUCCCGCACGCGGGUUUCUUCGGCCCUGCAAGCGAAGAUCCGGCGCUGCGUUCCAAGCAGUUCAAGUCUGUGAUCGAGAUGCGGAACUCGCGUUUCGACGAGUACAUCCCGGAGUAUCGUGGCGAGCCUGACGACCUGUCGAGGCAAUACAUGAAGACGCGGGCGGCUGCGAGAAAGCAGUUUUCCAUGGGCCUGUCUACGGGCGACGAGCCGGUAUUCACUCACGGUAGACUGGACAUGUGGGCGAUCAAGGUGCGGCCGGAUGGCAACAUCUGCAUUACUAGGUGGGGCUCUGCUGGGUUCUAUCCGCCAGAGUUUGAGUACAUGCGAGCUGAGAGCAUGGGCGAGGGUUGCGAGGUAUGGAGAGACAUCCUGGCUGCUUUCCCCGAGAACAGCUCUGACGAGCGGUACGACUUGAUCGAGAAUAUAUUCCAUGAGUAUGAGGAGAUGAUGGAGAUUAAGCAUGAGCUUCUGCUGGAGGAUCUUGAUGAAGAGGGGUUGGCUUGUUAA